GGGAGAGUGACCUGUAAUUGCGGAGUUAUGGUCAAGUGCACAAGUUCAGAUGGUUUGGCAUUGGUCUACUAUGGUUUAAUACAUGAAAUAAUUCAGCUAGAAUACCAAGAUUUUAAGAUAAUAGUCUUCAGGUGUGAAUGGUUUGAACCUUCAUGUAGAGGCACACGACUCCAUCCAUUAUACAAUAUAGUGGAUGUAAACACACAACAUCGACUUCGUACUUCAGAUUGUUAUAGCUUAGCAUCACAGGCGGAUCAAGUUGUGUAUGUUCCUUAUCCUAAUACAAAGAAACGAGUCAAUAGAUGGGUUUCUGUUAUUCAGUGCAUGCCACGAGCUUUUGUGAUGAGAGAUUUGGGAGAAGAUUCGACACAUGAAGAUGAAGACUUUCAAGUGUUUCAAGAAGACGAGCCCAUGAAUUCAUUCCAAAUAGAGGUAGAUGAACAACAAUUUCCAAUUUCAUUCCAAAGAAGAGAAAGGAGAACAAGUGAACGACAACCUGUGUACAGAACAACUAGAAUAUGAUUCCUAUUAGAGGUCAUGGUGUCACCGGGAUGAACAAGAAAGCAAACCGCUUAUCGCAAGAGACAUCAUCAGGUAGUUCGGGUCGCUCAAGACCAUCUCUGCCCUUCACUAUGCCGGGCAGAAACUCUACCCCCCCCCCCCCCCCCCUCAACAUCAUCUCUUAGCCACUCAAAAAAGCAUCAACCCUUGUCUAGUAAGGGCAGAAAUAUUACCCCCCCAAGUAGGACAGACACGACAACCUCCACAACCACCCCCGUCCCAAUAUCAUAAUACUCGGGUUCCUAGCCUAAAUAUCACAGCAGUCACUAACCGGCAUCCCACCAUUUCACCAACUCAAGGCCCUAAUAAAGACCAUACUUUGCUCUCCAAUCAAGAGAGCCCGUCAACAACAACGAGCAACAAUGAACUAGAAGAUAGUGACCCAACAACUCAUUCCAAUGGAGAAGACGACCUAGCUGAAUGGAAUCCUGAUGCAUACAAAGAUCUCGAGUAGGGUGAAGAACCUUUGGACCACUUCAGAUCUUUAGCUAUAGCAAAAUUUGAAAGACCCAAUGUUGGGUUAAAUGCAUCUAUAGUACUUAUAAAUAUUGUUUCCAACAAAACAAGUUUGCGAUUUCAAACAAUUGUCUCAAGACAGAUAAAGUACAAUCUGCAUCCGGAUGGGCAACAAUGGAAGUGGGUACCCGAGAGGACAAAGGAUUUAUAUUGGGAGCAAUUCCAGGAUUUAGUAAAGUGGGAUAUAUCCAAGUUCAAUGAUGAAGACAUCAGGAAGGGUUACGAAAAUUAUCUUAAGCAACGUGCUUAUUCCAAUAUAAUGUCUAAAUUUAGGGCUUGUCGGUCUCUAACUGUGAAUGACUUCACUUGGGGGGUUGUGGAAGAGUUUCGUGGGUCUAUUACAUUUCAAAGAUUGUCUGAUUCUGGGAAAAAGAAUCGGAUUGCCGGUGGAGAUAGAUGCAAACAGUAUGGAGGGCCUCGGUCUGCAGCAGAUUUGGCAGCAUAAGAGUCAAGUGUUUCAGGAGAGGAAGUUAACCCUGUCAAAAUCUGUGUAACUUAUCAUCCAAGAAAGAGAAAGAAUGGAGAACUAAUUGACUAUGGCUCACAAUCAGAAGUCAUGGAGGCUAUUUUGAAGUUGUCUGAUGAAAUUAAUGAGCACAUUCAGCAAACUAAACAAUCUGAAGCUGAAAUUGGGGGCUCUAAGAAUGCAUCUAAAGCUGCAGUUGCUGAAUUGAAUUCCAAAUAUUUGGAAAUCGCUGGAGGAAGAAACAAAAAAGUAUUCGGAUUAGGAAAGUAUGCAAAAGCUUUCCUUCAACAAUUGGAAUCAAAAUACCGAAAAGCUUCAGCAUCUUCACAGCGUGCACAUGAAUUUUGUGUCUAUUGGGAUGAACACAUGCGGAAGUGGUUAUCUUCACAAGGCGAGGAAUGCCCACCGGUAAUGCCACUCGUGGAUGAAAGCCUGCUAGAUGAAGAUCCUUGUUCACUCCCAAAAACUUUUGAGCAAACAUGGCUUCUGAUGGAGUAAUAGGACUAGGCCCAGAGCCUAAUCAGCCCAAACCUCGAACUUGGACCCGUGGAUCCAAGUCCACAACCUAGAGCCUGCCUGCCAAUCCAGCGGGAAGCCUGCCAGUCCGGCCGACCUCCUAGCCCGGAAAAGUAACGGUCAAGCAAUUAAUGUGCUAUUAAUUAUGUAUUUAAUUCCGUAUUAAUGUUGUAAUUAAUUAGUCAUUAUUAUCGGUAACGGUUACGAUUUGUAUACGCCUAUAAAAGGCGGGUUGUAAUUCAGAUUAGGG